AUGGAACGCGACUCCACAGCAGCAGCGGGCGCCACACGUACACCAAAACCACAGGCCGGUAAAUACCGCGGAGAGUUUGCCCCUCCAUCUGCGCUCGCAUCGUUCAAGUUGGAUGAAGGUUACUCUGAUGAAACCAGAAGCCAAGCAGAAAAUGAAGUGAUUCAAACCUCAGACGAAGGUGUAGGUCUACCCAGCUGGAUUCUUGCACACAAUGAAACGGACAGAGCAGGCUGGAUCCAUUCGAGGAGAGACUCUCGCGCUGACAAUAAUAAUAUACAAGCUGCAAGCCCUCCUUGGAAUGAGCAGCACGAGACAGUUGAGGCUGACGGCGCUUCUGCCUCCGAGAUUAAUACCUUACCUGAUGCCGAGGGUGACCACGAGAUGCGUGAUGCCAGUUAUGAUGAUUACUCAGUAGGGUUAUCACAAGACCAAAACCGCCCUCGCCAACCAUUAGAAGUUUUCAGCCCACUGCACAGCCGAAAAUCGAGUCGAGCUGAUGGGUUCGCGAGGCAUAUGUCAUUUUACUCGCCGCUGACCAAUUAUACCCCUCAAGUGAGGCCGCCACAUCUCAUGAGGACGGCUAAUGGUACAUGCCGGUUGAAUUGGCCAUAUCUCUAUAGACAAAGGCGGAAACUAGAAGAUAACUGGCGGAAAGGCCACUUCGUUAAUUUCCAACUUCCUCAUCCAGCAUAUCCCUCAGAGGCGCAUACGGAAUGUGUAUAUACUAUUCAAUUCUCCGGAAAGUGGCUUGUCAGUGGGAGCCGCGACAGAACAGUAAGAGUCUGGAAUCUGGAAACAAGGAGGCUAAGAGGGAACCCCUUGGUAGCGCACAGCAAAUCAGUUCUCUGUUUGCAAUUCGAUCCAAGUCCAGAAGAAGAUAUAAUCAUCUCUGGAAGCAGCGAUAGAAGCGUGAUAAUUUGGCGAUUUUCCACGGGUGAAAAGAUCCACGAGCUCACAAAUGCCCAUCAGGAUUCUGUACUGAACUUGAGAUUUGAUAAACGAUACCUGGUGACAUGCUCGAAAGACAAAUUAAUAAAAAUUUGGAACCGUCAUGAACUUUGUCCGACGGACAAAGACUACCCCUCUUUCUUUAAUGGCACUGGUGUCAAAUACCCAUCCUAUAUCGUUGACACCUCUCUGAUAUCUCCUAGCGCACUGGAAGCCCAAAUCGCAAAUCGACAGAUCAAAACACUACCACCUUACUCACUACUAAUGACCCUUGACGGCCAUGGUGCGGCUGUAAAUGCGAUUCAAAUGAAUGAAAAUGAGAUCGUCUCUGCCUCCGGCGAUCGUUUAAUCAAAGUAUGGGAUAUACACAAUGGUGCCUGUCUGAAAACUUUGAUUGGUCACAAGAAAGGCAUCGCGUGUGUUCAGUUUGAUAGCCGGCGAAUAGUAAGCGGGAGCAAUGAUGACACCGUUCGUAUAUACGAUCAUGCCUCGGCGGCUGAGGUCGCGUGUUUGCACGGGCACCGUGGACUCGUGCGAACCGUCCAGGCUGGUUUUGGUGACCCACCUGGGGCAGACGAGACAUUGCGACUUGAAGCUAUGGCGGUAGACACUCAAUAUUGGAAGGCUCGGCUCCGUGGCGACAUCGCUGAAUCGAGCUCAGCAGUCCGGCGCCUCCAAGAUCAUGCCCGAAAGACCACGAAGGAAAGUGGGUUAUUGGACAAAGACUACGCCAGGAUGAAGCUGUCAGAGCAGCCGGCGCGAAUGUGGUUCCAGAUACCAGGGCCCCAACCAGCCAGCCAAUUCCUCUGCUCCCAAGCCAAGCACCGCAAGGUUUUAUUGGGUUACCAUCUAUGUCCCAAACCUCCCAGCAAAACUCAUCUGCUUCAACAAUUCAGUCAAACCCGCCGAAUGCCAAUACAACGAUCCCUCAAGGCACAACGAACGAUGCAGGACCACCUUCCCUGA